AUGGCAGACCUUCACUGGUCUGACUUCAAGGGCCCAAUUCACGAAAUCUUUGCUAGGAAUGCUCGCAAGCACCCCGACCGGCCAUGUGUUGUCGAGACCGCCAAGGGCAAGACUCCCGAACGCAAAUUUACAUACAAGCACAUCUUUGAGGCCACCUCGAUACUAGCCCAUCACCUUGUCCAGAGUGGUGUGCAAAGAGGCGAGGUGGUCAUGAUCUUCGCCCACCGAGGUGUCGACUUGGUCGUGGCCAUCAUGGCUGUUCUAGCAGCAGGAGCGACCUUCUCAGUACUAGACCCACUACCGCCAAUGCAUCUACCUCGAAGUCUCUCAACCGCGUGCUCUUUUCGAGACUACAUCAAGGACAACCUACAACUGAGAACAGAGGUGCCUGCACUCGAGCUCAAGGAUGAUGGCACACUGGUUGGAGGCACCAAGGACGGAAAAGACAUAUUGGACGAGCAGCAGCAACUCAGGACCGAACUGCCUGGUGUACUCGUCGGCCCAGACUCAACACCAACUCUCUCCUUCACGUCGGGAUCCGAAGGAAAGCCCAAGGGCGUCAAAGGUAGACACUUUUCGCUCACUCACUACUUUCCCUGGAUGGCCGAAACGUUUGGAUUAUCUGAAAAUGACAAGUUCACAAUGCUUUCUGGCAUCGCCCACGACCCUAUUCAACGAGACAUCUUCACACCUCUCUUUCUCGGUGCCCAAUUACUUGUGCCAAGCAAGGACGAUAUACAGCACGAGAAACUCGCCGAGUGGAUGCGUCAGUAUGGCGCCACCGUCACCCACCUCACACCCGCCAUGGGUCAGAUUCUUGUCGGAGGUGCAUCAGCCGUGUUCCCCAGCCUUCAUCACUCCUUCUUUGUGGGUGAUUUGUUGAUCAAACGAGACUGUAGGAGACUGCAGAAUCUGGCACCAAAUGUGCGCAUUGUCAACAUGUACGGGACCACGGAAACACAACGCGCUGUCAGCUACUAUGAACUCCCAAGUUGCUCAGAAGCGCCCGACUUCCUUGAUACCAUUGGUGAGGUUAUACCUGCUGGUCGAGGAAUGAACAACGUGCAGCUCUUGGUUGUCAACCGCGAAGACCGAAACCAGAUCUGCAAGCCCGGUGAAAGCGGUGAAAUCUAUGUGCGGGCCGGUGGUCUUGCCGAGGAAUAUUUGGGACUGCCAGACCUUACAGCUACCAAAUUUAUCGACAAUUGGUUCGUGGAUCAGCAGAAGUGGAUAGAUGAGGAUAAGAAACAGGUUGAGAGCCAGGGCGCCCCCGAGCCGUGGCGGGAGUUUUAUAAAGGCCCUCGAGACAGGCUGUAUCGGUCUGGAGAUCUGGGUCACUAUUCUGAAGAUGGAAACGUCCACUGCACAGGGCGAGUAGACUCGCAGGUCAAGAUUCGCGGCUUCCGCAUUGAACUUGGUGAAAUCGACUCGCAUCUCUCUGCCCAUCCGUUGGUGCGCGAAAAUGUUACACUGCUCAAGCGUGACGCCUACGAAGAGCCGACGCUCGUCAGCUACAUUGUUCCUGAAAUGAAGCGAUGGUAUGACUGGUUGGAGGAGCGUGGUGCGAAAGAAAGCGAUUCCACCGGCGACACAAGCAUGGUGACGUUGCUCAAACGCUUCAAAUAUCUCCGAGACGAUGUGCGUGAGCAUCUCAAAAAGAAACUGCCUGCAUACGCUGUGCCAUCGGUCAUUGUUCCACUUGUCCGGUUUCCACUGAAUCCAAAUGGCAAGAUUGACCGGCCAGCACUGCCAUUCCCAGAUCCAGCAGACCUCGCAGCUGCAGGAGCUAGGCGUCCGUCGCAGUUGGGCGCAGCUCUGACGCCUACUGAAAAGGCCAUGGCUAGGAUCUGGGCUGAGCUCCUUGGUGAUCGUGGUGUAACAGCCGACAGCAUUGGCGGAAGUGACUCGUUCUUCGACCUUGGCGGACACAGUAUCAUUGCACAACAGCUCUUCUUCAAAAUCCGUCAAGAAUGGAAGGACAUUGACGUACCCAUGACGACAAUUUUCCAAUAUCCUACACUGCGCGGUUUCUCGGCAAACAUUGAUCAAGCCAUGGACCCUAUUGGACUGCGUCUUGACACGGCUGAGGCAUUGGAAGACGACCCUGAUGAUGAGGCGUAUUCUGCCGAUGCCAGAGACCUUGCCAGCAAACUAACCGAUUUCAAUACCAGGGAGGAGUUGAAUCCAAAGGAAGAAGUGCAUACAUUCCUCACUGGCGCAACGGGUUUCUUGGGUGCCUACAUCUUACGGGACAUUCUGUCGAGACCAGGAAAGGUCACUGUGCUUGUGCGUGCUCAGGACAUUGAUGCUGCGCUGGGACGUGUAAGGCAAACGUGUACAGCAUACGGCAUCUGGGAAGACGGGUGGGAGUCACGACUGGAACCUCUGGUGGGUGAUUUGGAAAAGGAAAACUUUGGACUUGAGGCGAACACGUGGAACAAGCUCGUUGACUCGGUCGACGUGGUCAUCCACAAUGGUGCCUUGGUGCACUGGGUGUUGCCUUACUCACGCUUACGAGGCCCCAAUGUCUUGUCUACCAUGACUGCAUUGUCCAUGUGUGCUGCUGGCAAAGCCAAGAAGUUUGGUCUUGUCAGUUCGACGUCGGUGCUGGAUACGGAUUACUUUGUCAGGCUUUCGGAGAAGAGUCUCGCCGAAGGUGGAACCGGUGUACCCGAGGCAGACGACCUCGAGGGUGCACGCAAGGGUCUUGGUACUGGCUAUGGCCAGUCCAAAUGGGCGGCUGAAUACCUGACGCGCCAAGCUGGCAAGAAGGGUCUAAGUGGCUGUGUGAUUCGACCUGGAUAUGUCUUGGGAGAUCCAGACUACGGUACUACAAACACGGACGACUUCCUUGUCCGAAUGCUCAAGGGCUGCAUUCAGCUCGAGUCUAGGCCCGACAUCACGAACACGAUCAACAUGGUGCCUGUCACACACGUUGCGAGGGUGGUUGUGGCAUCGUCGUUUAACCCGCCAGUUGCACCGCUUGGGGUGGCGCAAGUGACUUCACAUCCGCGUAUCACGUUCAACGAGUUCUUGGGUGCGCUGGAGAAGUUUGGCUACCAGGUGCCUCUGGUGCCGUAUGCAGAGUGGAAGCAGAGGAUGGAGAGGUAUGUUGCUGACCAGUCAGGGACAAAGGAAGAGAAUGCUCUACUGCCCCUGUACCACUUUGUGACUGGAGAUCUACCUGGCGACACCAAGGCGCCGGAACUGGAUGAUAAGAACGCGGCAGAAGCGUUGAAGAAGGACCAGGCAUGGACAGGGGAAGACUGGAGUCAAGGAGGAGCGGUGACGGAAGAUACGGUUGGCGUAUAUGUUAGCUACCUGAUUGAGCUAGGGUUCAUGCCUAAGCCGGAGAAGAAGGGCAUCAAGGAGCUGGUCAUGAGCCGGUUGACGGAUGCGAUGCCAUCAGCCAGCAGCGGAGGCCGUCGAGGGACCGUGGCAGCGCUUCUGGGGCAGCUUGGCGGCGGUGUGUCUGUGUGUGUGUCGACGAGUGGUGGUGGUGGUGGUGGUGCGUGGAGACGGUGA